UACCUAAAUGGAUAUGCUGGUGAGGCAAACCGACCGGCUGAGCGAGAGUUCGGCCUCGGUCUGCGACGCAGAGGAAGGCUUCUAAAGUGUCCAAACCCUAGACUCCGAAAUCCCAACGCGAGCCAGCAGAGCACCUCGUCGCCGGUGGCCGGUCCCUUCCUCAAUCCGCCUGAUCCUCCAUCCGCCGCCGCCACGCCGCUCCUCCCUCGGUCUAGUGGGGCGGAGAUCCAUCCUGAGUGGAUUGGUUUUCUUCUUCUAUUGGUAAUAUCUUUGUUAAUCUUGGGAACUUUCAGUAGAUUGCUUGAGAGUUUUCUUGGACCAGAGGGACUAGAGAGCCGAAGAGUUUUUGUGUUGUUGAUCUGCAGCCAGUGUUAUAAUGGCUACAAAGCUGGUGGUUCUGGGUAUCCCCUGGGAUGUUGAUACUGAAGGAUUACGAGAGUACAUGGCCAAGUUUGGACCCCUAGAUGAUUGCGUCGUCAUGAAGGAGCGCUCUUCUGGUCGAUCUCGUGGUUUUGGCUAUGUAACGUUCUCAUCAGCUGAUGAUGCAAAGAAUGUUCUUGAGUGUGAGCAUGUUCUUGGGAACCGGACUUUAGAAGUGAAGAUAGCAACUCCAAAGGAAGAAAUGAAAUCACAAGGAACAAAGAAAGCUACUAGAAUAUUUGUUGCUCGAAUUCCACAAUCCGUGGAUGAAUCAAUGUUUCGUAGGCAUUUUGAAGCCUUUGGAGAAAUUCUUGAUCUGUACAUGCCAAAGGAACAUGGUUCAAAAGGGCAUCGUGGAAUUGGGUUUAUCACUUUUCAGAGUGCAGAAUCUGUGGACAGCAUCAUGCAAGAGUCGCAUGAGCUUGAUGGUACAACUAUAGUUGUUGACCGUGCAACUCCGAAGGAUGAAGAUGUCAGAUACCCCCCGAGCAGGCCAUCUCAGGGUGGCUAUGGUGCAUACAACUCAUACAUUUCAGCUGCUACCAGGUAUGCAGCUUUGGGUGCACGAACACUGUAUGAUCAUCCAGGAUCAGCUUAUGGAAGAGGUUACUAUGGAUCCUCCCAAGGAAUAGGCAAAAAGAUAUUUGUUGGUAGGCUUCCACAAGAAGCAAACACUGAUGACCUUAGGCAAUACUUCGGUAGAUUUGGGCGAAUCGUAGAUGCAUAUAUUCCAAAGGACCCUAAAAGAAGUGGCCACCGUGGUUUUGGUUUUGUCACCUUUGCUGAUGAGGGCGUGGCAGAUCGGGUAGCUCGCAGAAGCCAUGAAAUUCUGGGACAUGAGGUUGCAAUAGACACAGCUGCACCGCUCGAGGGUGAUUCAACUACCGGUGGUUACAUGGAACCCAUGGACCUUUAUGGAGCUUAUGGUUCAAUGCGAUCUUUUGGCAGGUUCUGUGGCAGUCUAGACUAUGAUUACGGAUAUGGUCCCAGCGGAAGUAGCAGAUCAAGAGCAGAUUGGCGAUAUAGACCUUAUUAAGCGUGUUGCGCGGCUUGUUACUAUUAAGCAUGCAGAAAAGAAAUGCUUGUCUGAGAAUGCUAAGAGGUACCUCGAGUGCUAUGUUAAUCUUAAGCCGGGCGUGUGGAAUUUAUCUAUUUGUUCAUGCUGUAAUAUUUGACAUUGAAAUGCUUCCAUCCAAUGUCUGUCAGCGAUUCACAUUGAACGUUGAUGCUAAACGAUGAAGGCAGCCAUGUAGUUAUUGUGUGCAAGUGCAGUAUGUAACAAAAAUCUUUCAUUUGCCAAACUUAUUAUAAGACAUUGCUGUUCGCCCUGAACAACUAUGUCUGGUCGCUCACC